AUGCGUGCUCAACGAGAAUUCAGAUUAGUCAAGUCUAUUCGGCGAAAAGCACGAAAAGCAAAACUUAUUAUACGUGUAUGUGAUAAAGGAGGUGGUCUACAUAUUGGUAGUAAAAGUGAUUAUGAAAGAAAAGCAGCUAAAUAUCGAGAAGAUACAAAAGCCUAUCAAGAAUUAUCUUACAAUCCAUUGAAGGAAAUGAUAACGAAUAAAGGAACACCAUUACGACCGAUCCUGAAUACAAUUAAAGCAGUGACAAGACCUAUUUCUGAUUUCUUAGAUGAACUGAUCCGACCUAUCUAUAACGAAUAUAAUAAAGACAAUACGUUUACUGAAGGUGUUGAUCUCAUCAAAUGUCUUGAAAAAUAUGCAGCUGAUGGCCAUCUUAAACCACAGACUCUUUUCUGUACCUUUGAUAUCAAUAAUUUGUAUACAAUGUUACCACAAGAUGAAUCCAUACGAAUUCUAGGUGACUUUCUUCGUCAACAUGUCGGUGAAAGAGUCAAAAGUGUCUCUGUUACGACCAUUCAAAAAUUAGCCGAAUUUGUCCAGAAAGAAAAUGCUUUUAUAUAUGAUAAUAAAUUUUAUAAGCAAAUUAUUGGUGGUGCUAUGGGUUCACCAUUUACUUUAACUUUAGCUAAUAUUUUUAUGUGGCAUUGGGAAAAACGUUGGGUUCGACGACAACAAAGCAAAAAAGAAACUUAUGGCCGUGUAUCAUUUCUCGAUGUUCUCAUGAGCAAUAACAAUGGAGCUCUUUAUACUUCUGUUUACCAUAAACCAUCAGCCGAACCAUAUGUAGUUCCAUUUAUCUCUGAUCAUCCUCGAUAUACAUUUACAAAUAUUAUACAAACGGCUCUUGUUCGAGCUAUUCGAUAUUCAUCGACAUUUGAAGCAUUUAAUAUUGAACGACGUGCUAUACGACUCAUGUUGUCAUUAAAUGGAUAUCCAUCGAUUUACAUUGACCAACAAUUUCGAAAAGUCCUCGGCUAUUCUAUUUCAUCCACUUCGAUCCUACCAUUGAUCGAUAAUAAAGGACAAUUUUUUCAAUUACGCAAAAAACUCAUGGGUCAACCAACAUCUCGACAAUCACAAGUAGAAGGACGAAUAGCACAAUCUAAAGACGACAAUGCAGAAUAUCCUGUCAAAUAA